AUGGAGUGCAAAGCUAAUCAGUUGGCCCAGCUAGCAAGUUGGUUUCAGUAUUCAAGUAGUCAACGACAUAAGUCGACUUUACAUCCAGCUGCCGUCGGUCGAAAGCUACCGCUGUCUGCACGCAAAUAUCAAAUAGCGCUCAUGGGGAAGACUCCACAUGUUGGCAUUAUCGGAGCCGGUAUAUCUGGGCUAAGAUGUGCUGACAUUCUAGCCCAAAAUGGUGCUAAAGUGACUAUUUUGGAGGCGAGGGAUCGUAUUGGUGGGAGAAUAACGCAGGUUGAAGUAGGCGGAAAUCUGGUCGACUUAGGCGCGAAUUGGAUUCACGGAACAGAAGGCAACCCAAUUGAUCAAAUCAGCAGGAUAUCGAACACGACCACCUGUGAAUGGGACGGACGUGAGACGAUAUAUGACACGACGGGGAAACUGCUCGAUGAAGCUACAACCAGGAAGUUGGCAGAAUGGAUGUGGACUACCGUCGAUGAGGGUUUCGAAUUCAGUACCAAGAAUAAGGACUCCAUUCCAGCUAGUAUGAGUCUGUACGACUUUUGCUGUAAACAGCUCGAGCAGACGAAUUUCACUGCAGAGGAAAAGGCGGCUUGCAAGGAAUUUUCCAAGUUCUGGGGUGCUUAUGUCGGAGAGCCCGUUGAACGGCAAAGCAUGAAGUUCUUCUGCCUAGAAGAGUGCAUUGAGGGCACAAAUCUGUUUGUGGCGUCCACAUACAAGAACAUCCUUGAGCAUAUCUCGAAAUCAGCAUUAAAACACACGGAUCUUCAUUUGAACUCGCCAGUUGUUCAAAUACAGGCAGCCAACAGAGAGACGAAUACUGACCGGCACAUCACCGUUGUAACCGAAGCUGGGAAAAAGUACCACUUCGAUGAUGUAAUAGUUACAUGUCCCCUAGGAUGGCUGAAAAAGAAUAAGUCUGUUUUCAGUCCUUCUUUGCCGUUACGUUUAUCGUCGGCUAUCGACAAUAUAUCAUACGGCCGACUCGAGAAGAUCUACGUAACCUUCCCACAUGCAUUUUGGCAUAUACCUACUGAGCGCAAGUCGAUAAGCGGCACCGGUAUCAAAGUGGCCAACGGUCCCGACUUUGUGGCAGAUAGCGAUAAUGACAAGUAUCCGCCGGCCUUUACACAGUGGCUGGAGCCAAAGUAUGUUGAAGCUCCUUCUAAGGAAGGAAGCUGGAACAUGCAAUGCGUUUCAUUGGCAGCACUUCCGCCAAAUUGCGCUCAUCCAACACUGCUCUUCUAUAUCUAUGGACCCUGCUCCGCAUACGUUGUCAACAACAUCAAAGACAUGGACGAGUCGUCAACUGAGUACUACAACUUUCUCGAUAAUUUUGUCAAGCCAUUCUACUCCUCCCUUCCUGGGUAUUCCGGUUCGUCUGAGUCUUGUAAUCCCACGGCCUUUAGAGCGUCCAGAUGGAUAUCCGACGAUUAUGCGGGCAAUGGCUCCUAUGCCAACUUCCAGGUUGGAUUGGAAACUGGCGAUAAAGAUAUCGAAGCGAUGCGACUUGGUAUGGGACCAGAUCGUGGAGUGUGGUUUGCUGGCGAGCAUACUGCACCAUUCGUCGGAUUGGGUACUACGACUGGCGCGUAUUGGAGUGGCGAACGUGCUGCUGGACAAAUAUGCGACCUUUAUAGCCUUGGUCAGUUGGGACUAGGAGUCAGAAAAGACGAUUCGUUGCCCACAGGAACCCCGGGAGUGAUGACUGGUAAUACCAUGUUCCAUAAGGGAAACACGACGGCACUUCGGGCAACUACAGUUCUGGCCACAGUAGAAGGUCAGUGA